CCCACAAAACUUUUGCCACCCCAUAUCCUCCUCUUUCCUCUCUGUCUCUCUCUCUUCCCGGUCUUAUAACUUGCCACUUUAUGAGCCGUAGAUCUGGUUUUCUUGAUGCACAUAAGCAUUUAGGAUCAAGUAUCUCACUCUAGGAUGAGAUAAAACGUCACCAUCUUUUUAAUCUCCUGUAUCUAGGCGGUGGAUCAAAUGGGGAAGAUCAGUUUUGGCAGGGUCAUGAGCUGCUUCUCUGUCUCAUCAGGCCUCAAGAGUUCUUGGUUCUGCAUAAGUUCUGUGAAAACCCACGAUGAGAUGGAGCAAAAACCGUUGAUCACAGGCGACCUAGAUCACUUCGUGAGGGUGAAGGAUGUGGCCAUCCCAGAAAACCAGACCUUGGCGUUUCAACCCAAGCCUAAGAUGGUGAUCCUGAGGGUCUCCAUGCACUGCAAUGGAUGUGCAAGGAAAGUUGAGAAGCACAUCUCAAAGAUGGAGGGAGUGACUUCAUACAAAGUAGACCUGGACAGCAAGAUGGUGGAGGUUAUUGGAGAUGUAAUUCCUGUUCAAGUACUGGAGAGUGUCUCCAAGGUAAAAAAUGCUGAGUUUUGGAGCGACCAUGUGAGUUACAUUGCUGCCAACAGCUCAGAGUAACAUGACCACCCUCAUGUAUCCAUGUAUAUCGUUUCGAAGAUACGAAAUGAAGGAAUACAACUGAAACACGUUAAGAA